AUGAUUUUUUUCGAUGCAUUACCUUCUUAUUUAUAAAGGAUUGAUUAAAAAUAAUACAGGUAAGAAAUGGUGCCUGAAUGGCUGAGAUUAUAUUUAGAUUAUGAAACUCUUGAGUGUUUGAUGAUUGUUGCAGGAGAAUAUCGACAUAAAAAAUAAAUAUUGAAAAAUGAGAAUUCAAUUAAAUAUUUGGAGUUAACUUAGAAUAUUGAAAUAAAAGAAAAAAUUGAUAAAGACAAAUCCUAAUUUUAAUUAGUCUUAGAUCAAGAAUUAUAAAAAAUAGAAUCAUUUAUACUCUAUAAGUACUAAGAUUUAUUAUAAAAAUAACAAUAAUUACAGGAGCAAAUAAAACUUAUGCAUUUAUAAGUAUCCAUAAAUAAAACUAAGAAAGAAUAAUUAAAAUAAUAGUUCUAUGAACUUUACAAGCAAUAAUUAUAAUAUGAAUCAUUUAUUUAAUCACAUAUUAAUAUAAUGCAGCAAAUUUAAUUUGAAGUAUAAUAUUGUUUUAAGAUUGAAAUAUUAAUUAAAGAUAGGGCAAUACUUGAACAAUUAAUCUAGAAAGUGGAUGAUGAUAUGUCUAAGACUUGUAAAUUACUAAGCUUUAACUUUUAUCCAUAUGAUCCAAAUACUUGCAGAAAAAAUUUGUAAAAAUAUUCAAAAAGGAAAAACACUUCACCAAUUAAUAUAUAUUUAUUUGGUUUAUUUUUUGGUAUCUGUAUAGUUAUCGUUGUCAUAUUAUUAUUAAUGAGAUUAGAAGGAAUGUUGGAUCCUGAGAAUGAAUUAUUAUUUUCUCCAAUAUUUCCUUCAAUUAGAGGUGGUGGAUUAUUGCUAAUUUAUUAUUGGUUAUUGACUUUAAAUUAAUAUAUAUGGAUAAAAUAUUAAAUUAAUUACAAAUUGUAUUUAGGAUUUAACCAUCAUUUUUCUACAUUACCUGAAGUGAUAAAAAGAGUAAGUUUCUUAAGCACUAUAUUUUUACUUUUAUUUUUAAUUACUUGCAUUUAAGUAGAAGAAAUUGCUUUUAAAGAUUAUAAAAAUAUUAUAAAAUUACUACCACUAUUAUAUUGGAUUAUAUUUUUAGGCUAUUUAUUGAUUCCAACAAUAAAAAAAUUAAAUGGGUAAGGCAGAAGAUGGAUGUAUAGAAUGUUAAAAGGAGCUCUUUUCACUCAUUUUCUAUGUUAUGAUGGUAGAUAUACUUUUGUUUUAGAUUAAUUUGUAUCAUUAUUUUCUCCUAUCAGAGAUUUGGAAUAUACAAUUUGCUAUUAUUCAAUUGAUGUAUAUUUUUAUAAAUUAAUUUAGUUAUUCAAUGAUAAUAAGGAGAUAAUUAAUUAUAAAAAAUGUGAUUAAGGAUAAAGAAUAGUAGGAGAUAUUUGUUUGAUAGUUGUAUUUUCCUUAAAAUGUUUGCAUUGUUUGACUCUAGCUAAAAAAAAUGGGAAAUUUUUAAAUACUUUAGAAAUGUGGAAUUCUUUAAAGAAUUUACUUGCAGUAUCUGUAGGUGUUGUUGGAUGUUUAAAUAAAUUUGAUAAAACUGAUGCUAUUUUAUGGAUAAUUCUGGCUUCAACAUUCACUAUAUUUUAAUAAUAUUGGGAAAUAAAAUAUGAUUGGUUAUUACUAUAACCUAAUACUAAAUUUAAAUUUUUAAGAAGUGAUUUAGCAUACAUAAAUCCAUAUUUUUAUUAUUUUCUUGUUUUAUUAAAUAUGAUUGUAAUUUCGGCUUGGGCAUUUACAAUUAGCCCUUAAAUGUAUUUAUAUCUCAAAAUUCCAAACUAAUAAUUAUUUAUGAUGGUUGUGGGAGUUAUGGAAUUGACAAGACGUAAUUAUAUAUGUAUAUUCUAUUAGGAUUUAUUCAUAAUUAAAUAAAAGUUGAGAAAGAACAUGUACUAAAUCUUAGAAGAUUUAAAUCAUCAAAAGAUUUAAUUUAUCCUUUUGAAUAAAGAGAUGAAACAGUAAAUAAAUUAGGAUUAUCAAAUGCAUAAAAUCUCUCAAUGCUCGAAUUUUAAAGAUUAUCUUAAGAAUUUACAAGAAAUACACAGUAAAACUUUAAUAGACAGGAAAUUGAAAUUCUACUUUAAUAGCCAUAUGAUUAAUAAAAAAUGAAUACAAAUAGUUAAAUAGAUAGAAAAGAUAUAAGAAAACAACUUAAAACAGAAUAUUAUAUAAAAAUGAUUGAAUAGUAUACUUGA